AUGGAGUCGCCUACCGAUAGCUUGCACUUGCCAUCUAGGGCAGAUGACUCUGAGCUGGGAUAUGCGCCGCGCUAUCCCCAUGCUGUCGAAUUGAACGACGCUGAUGAACCGCUUGCGUACAAAAACCGGUACAAUUCUGUGUACAAGCUGGAUGGUCCAGUAGCUGAUCCUUCAAAUGGAGCUCAGGAAUACACCAUGGGCGACGGCGUCAGCACACGCGUCCGAGACGAUUCAAGCAGUGCUCCCCCUGCAUCCCUGUCUGAACCGGAAGCAGUUCUGCAAAGCGGCAGGGACGAUAGCGAGGACGAGGUUCCCUUGGAUCGUGUCGCAGCUUACACCAGAAGCGCGUCGCAUUCAGCGAGGGAUGCCGCCGCGGCAGCGGCAGCAGCUGCUGCACGUACAGCGGCCUUGUCCCAACACCUCAGCUCCCUAAACGCCGAAUCGGUUGGGCAAACACUGCAGUUGCUGGACGGGGACACAUCGGGGAUAGCAACAGCCGAUCCCCACGCUCCCAGCACGGAGGCCGAUUUCAGAACCCCUGACUCUGCCAUAAACACCCUAGGCGGAACGGCCCCUACGGCAGCUGCAGAUAUGUCCCUGGACUUUCCGCGGGUUGAUAAUUCAAACCAGGAGGACACAGAUGUAGCUGCAGUCCUCUGCGCCGCACGGAGCAACUCAGAAGCGCCUUCCACCUCAAUUGUUCACAAACCGGAUGCAGACCUCAGCUUGCUACAACCUGCCGUGGUGGAGGCGAGUUCGUCAACUACCCUUAACAGUUAUGCGGCAUAUCACCCGCCUCAGAGCGUCGAAGCUCCUUACGAGGAAAGCAGCAGCGACAUCAAUGCCUGGGCGGCUGUCGACGUCGGGCCCCCCGCCAGUGGGACUGCGCCGCCGCCGGCACCCGCCUCUUGGAACAACUCCGACGUGCGGUGCUGCUUUGAAGACGUGCCUCUCAAUUUGGUCCCGGCAGCCUCCAAUGGCGCCCCGCUCGCUGCGGAUUCAGAUUUGCUCCUGCAGUCCAACAUUGGCGUCGAUGACCCCCCUGUCGAGGUGGUCGCCACGGUGGAGCAUCCCGUGUUUGACGACCCCGAUCUGCUGGCGUCCACGGAGGCCUAUCACCUGGGGCCGCAGCCAUCACCUGGGGAUGCGGAGGGCAGCGGCCCUGACGCAAGUCGAGCCGCAGCCGCAGCGGCCACCACGGCAGUAGCAGUGGGUCCGUUGGACGGAGGAAGCUCUAUAGCGGUCAAUUCGCAGCAGCUUCUGGACGACUACCGGAUUGCCGCCGCCGCGGGGCUGGUCAGUCCGGAGCUGGCGUCGCUGCUGGGCCUGGCGCCACAGCCGGGGUCGGAGGGAUUCGGAGCUGCUGGAGUGGGGAGACAGAAGCAGGAGGAGGAGGAGGAGGAGGUUGAGGAGCGCGAGGUGCAGCUUGGGUUCCCCCAGGUGGACGGUAAUGGGGUAGGGUGCCUGGUGCCGGCGGUGCAGCAGCAGCAGCAGCAGCAGCCGCAGGACCAUGCGCCGAUGACGCACGUGUUGGAUUCGUGGCAGGCGGUUGUGGACGCCGGCACGGAGGGCGGCGCGCCUGGUAUGGGUAGUCACCACCCUCUUUCUGUUGCUGCUACAAUUGGUGUUCCUACGGCUGCUGCGAUUGAACUCGCUGUCAGUGGGCAGCUGUCUGGGGCAGCCCGCGUCCAACGCGCCGCCGCCAGGGAUCCCUUUGAUGCCGCGGACACGGACGACGACGAACCGGCGGGAACAUCUGCCGUGCCAGCAGCGUUCGCUGCGGCGCCGGAGCCGCCUCCCCACGCCAUACCCGCACCUCCGCAACCCGGUGGGAGUCAGUCUGGCGGUGAGGCGUCCGGGGGCCCAGCAGCGGCGGUGGCAGCAACUGUUGCGGGUCUGGCGGUGGCGGCUGGAGCUGCUGUGGGCGCCGUGGCAGUAGCAGGCCAGCGAUUGGGCCCGCAGCAGCAGCAAGCACCUCAGCAUUUGUGGCAGGGCCCGACGCCACCCUGGGGCGGGUAUCUGCCACCGCGCCAACUGGGGCUGGGUUUGUGCCCCCUGAACAGGCUGGACACUCCGUACCCGCUGCCCAACAGCAUGCGUCACGGCGCCAUGCCCGGCAGGACGCUGGGGCCGCAGCCCGUGCUAUCUCAGCAGCAGCACGCAGGCCCUCCGUCGCCGCGAGUGAACCCUGUGCCCGGGGUUGGCCCGCAGGGCAAUAUCCCCGCCGACAGGGGCCCUACCGGAGUCCAGCCGCCUUCCUGGGGUGCCCCGGGUCCUGCCCCGGGCCCUGCUGUGCCGGCGGCAGCGGCGGCAGAAGUGGGCGUGCCGCCGCAGCCCCGUGGCGUGGGGCCCUGGCCGCCGGGUCACCCCGUACCCGGACCUUACGGCCCCGGUCCCAUGCCGCCGCCGCGUCCUGGAUUGCAGCCCCCUCUGCAGCCGCUUCCAGGAGCUAUGCCUGGGGGUCCAAGACCCCCCCUGCUAUCCGGCGGCCCGCCCGGCCAUAACCCGGUCCCCGGCGGUCCCCCGGGGUACCCCCCAGGGCCACCAGGUACGGCAAUUCGGCCUGGAGUGCGGCCACCGCCGUUUGGCCCUGGGGGCCCUAUGCUCGGGAAUGGGCGAGGCGGCCCAAUGCCGGGGCCGGGACCGGCUGGGCCCCCGGAAGCGUUCAGCCCGUACCCCGGACUGCUCUACACGGAUGGACGCGACACGCUGGGGCGUCCGGUGGUGGUGCUGAACACGGCGAUGCUGCCCGUCAAGGCCAAGAAGAAUGAUGUCCUGCAGUACGUGUUGCAGCAGCUGCAGCCGGUGGUUCAGCAGGACUACGUAAUUGUGGUGCUCAGUCUGGGCCUGGGGGUGAAGGCGAGCUCCGUGUCCUCAUCCUGGGCGCUCGGGGCAUACCGCUCGCUGGCCAAACCAUACCGCAAGAACGUAAAGCACGUUGUAUUGGUGCAGCCCAGUGCCUGGGCUCGCACACUGCUGGCGCUGGCACAGCCCUUUGUCAGCAAGAAGGCGGCGCACAAGGUCAAAAAGGUGGACAACCUAGUUCAGAUCUCUGACGCCACAUCAGGCGAGGUGAAGCUGGAGAGUCUGGGUGCUCGGUUCAUCAGGGAGAUACAGUACGGACUAGGGGCACCGCCACUGGCAGGGUUGGCGCCGGGACCCGCUCCGGGGCCCGGCCGUCCCGUGGGCCCGCAGCGACCGCCCGCACACACAGCGCCACCGCUGCGGGGCCCGCCCAUACCAGGUGGCCAGCCGGUGAAUCCGUACCCAGGCCCUCCGCCGCCGUACGGACCACCGCCUGGGCCGCGGAUGAUGCCGCCGGGUAGCAAUAUCACUACGCCGGUGUAUGGCCCAGGCGGACCGUGGCCUUCGGCAGCCGGCAGGAUCCAAGGGACCCCGCCGCCGCCGCGGCCGCAGUUUCCCCCGGUCACCCCAGUGCCGGGUGCUGGGGGUGUGGGUGUGGGAGUGGGUGUUGGUCCCCAACCUGCAGGCGAGGGUUUCGUAGCACCUCGCUAA